AUCAAAACAUUCACUUCUUCACCAAAUUUCGAUCUUGAUAGUCAAAAAAUUUCACAAAGUCAUCUCAUUCUUACGACCUUGUGCAACCAUCGGCCUGUCGUUCAGUUGAAAAGUGAACACUGAAAUUUUCGACUCACUUUUUUCUCUUUCCCUUUCCUUUUUUUUUUCCUCGCCCCCAAUACAGCAACUCUUCCAAGACUUCUGCAGAUCUCAGUAGCAAAGAAACAAGCUGCCAUAAUUCUCAAAAUCAACCACAAUGCGAUCAACCACUGCCCUGAUUCUUUCCGCGUUGGCAGGCAAUGUCCUCGCCCAGGUAUCUGCAACUGGUCAACUUGGUGAUGCUACUGUCGUUACCAACAACCCCCUCGGCAAGUCCUAUGUUGGCGUCCUUCCCAAGGAGCCCUUCUGGAAGAGUGGCAGUAUUGAUGGCAACGUCAAGGGUUCUAUCACUGUCAAGUCCAGCCCAGAUGGCGUUGGUGUCGAGUACACUGUCAAGUUUUCCAACCUGCCAAAGGAGGGUGGCCCGUUCCCUUACCACAUCCACGAUGCAGCUGUUCCUUCGAACGGCAACUGUACCGCAACCAAGGCUCAUCUCGACCCGUUCGUCCGUGGAGAAGAUCCGGUCUGUGACAAUAAGCUCCCUCAGACCUGCCAAGUUGGUGAUCUUAGCGGCAAGUUUGGCAAGAUCACAUCAGACCCUUACGAGAUCACCUUCCAUGACGUCUACUCUUCGCUGAACGUCGGCUCUAACGCUUCUAUCCCGGAUCGUAGCUUUGUUGUUCACUUUUCCAACAAGACAAGGAUUACAUGCGCCAACUUCGGGGUAUCGGGUUAUGGUAACAGCACCCCGACUUAUCCUACGGGAACAGGAGGCCUAUCGCCUUCCACCAGCGCGACAGCAACUUCGUCACCGACAAGCACUCCCGUAAUUGCUGGCGCCAGCGCCCUCAAUAUUGGUGCCAGCUUUGCUAUUCUAGCCGUUGCAACAAUAUUUUCUCUAAUUUAACCGUGUCACAGCCACAAAGGCUUGCUGGCCAGAUUUUAGUUCGACAAGAUACUGGUUCAUGAUUUUAUUUUUCAGGCGUUGUGGUAGACUGGAGUGGUACACCUAGGUUGGCCAAGUUAAAAUUUGUUGUCCAAAAACAUGGACGAUCAUUGAGGGAAUGUUUUACAGCAUAAGAGACUGGGUACAGUCUCCCGUUAGCCGGAGCUCGGUUUAAUAUUCGUUGUACCAGAUUGUUGAUACGCAAUCGAGAUACCAUUUGAUUGAGCAAAGCUAUCAUUCCACUUUACUUCGUGACGGGGUGAUUAUGCUUCGUUAACAUGUCCAUCGAAGGGUUCCUGUGUUCGUCAAAAUAGACUAUGUUCGGAGUUCGAAACAAGCUCAGACGGAUCUGUGAACGGUCCCCGCGCCAAGGCGAAUUGUUUCAAGUGAAAUGAACUAACCUAGCAUUACGGUUUACCAUUAUCCCAACGACAUCUUGUCUAAGUACCAACCUCCUC